CGUCAUAAAGUCGAGCAGCAGGCCUCGCCCCCCUGCAUUGCAGCACCCACCUCUCCGCAGCGCACUUCACGCACAACAGCGAGACGAGCCAGGAAACCGCGCAGUCAUGCUGCUCUUAACUCUACUCUUCGUGUCCGCAGUGGCAGCGACCCCCCUGCUGGGGACUGAGCAGUGCGCCCGAGGCCCCACCUACUGGUGUCAGAAUGUGAAGGCAGCGUCUCUGUGCGGCGCUGUGACCCACUGCCAGCAGAAUGUCUGGAGCAAGCCCCAGAUGAAAUCCGUGCCAUGUGACUUGUGUAAGGAGGUGUUGACCGUGGUGGAUCAGAUACUGAAGGACAAUGCCACUGAGGCCGAGGUUCUCGGGUACCUGGAGAAGGCCUGCCAGCUCAUCCCGGAUAAAGGGGUGACUGCAGAGUGCAAGGAGAUGGUGGAUAACUACUACCCCGUCCUCAUGGGAAUCAUUAAAGGGGAACUGGAGGAUCCCACUGUGGUAUGUGGAGCCUUGGGGUUGUGUCAGUCACAGCAGGUAGCCAUGGCGACGGCUCACGCCCAGGAGCAGCUUGUAUCCAAUGAAAUCCCUCAGAUGGACCUCGCCCAGCAGGUGUCCCCCUUCCUGCUCAAUGUGCCCGGCCUCCUCUAUCCUCAGAGCCCCGAACAAGAGGCUCCAAAGCAGGAAAAUGAUGCCGUGUGCGACGACUGCGUCAAGUUCCUGACCGACGCUCAAACCGAAGCCAAAGCAAACACCUCCUUUGUCAACUCUCUCAUCGAGAAUAUUGAGAACCAGUGUGACCUGCUUGGAUCAGGCCUGUCUGCAAUGUGCAAGCAGUAUGUGGACCAGUAUGGCAGCCUCGUCAUCCAGCAGCUCAUGUCCAUGGAACAGGCUCCCAAGGACAUCUGUGUCCACGCUGGCUUCUGUCCCGCUACGAAGAAGACCGUUCCCAUGAUGAAGCUGCAGGCUGCCAAGACUGUAAUUGCCGCCAAGGCUUUUCCUGCUGCCAAGCUUUUCCCCGCCACCAAGGUCGAGUCUGCUCCCGUCAAGUCCGCUAAGGCCAUGGUGCAAGUCCGCGAGUCCCCAAAAUGUGCCAUCUGUGAGUUUGCGAUGAAAGAGUUGGAGUCUCUCUUGGAGGAUCAGACCACGGAGGAGAAGGUGGUUCAAGCUGUGGAGAAGGUGUGCGCAUAUCUGCCCUCCUCCCUGAGCAACCAGUGCAAGGACCUGAUUGACACCUACGGCCAGGCCAUCAUCGAGCUUCUGAUGCAGCAGGCUGACCCAAAGACCAUCUGCACCAUGUUGGCACUCUGCAACGAGGAGGGACGGGCUGUUGUCACUGCACUCGACCCGAAUGACUUUAAGAACGGCGGCUACUGCCAGGUAUGCAAAAUGGCCGUCAGCUACAUCGAUGGCAUUCUGGAGGCCAAUGCCACAGAGGCACAGAUUGAGGAGGCCGUGAGGAAAGUGUGCAGCUUCUUGCCCGACUCUCUCCAGACCGAGUGUGACCAGAUGGUCGCACAGUACGAGCCGAUGCUCAUCCAACUGCUGCUGCAGAUGCUCGACCCAGACUUUGUGUGCAUGAAAAUGGGGGCCUGUCCCGAGGCCGUGCGCAGGCUGCUGGGGACGGAGCAGUGCAGCUGGGGACCUGCGUUCUGGUGCAAGAACGCAGAGACAGCGUCUCGCUGCAACGCGGUGGCCCACUGCAGACGCCACGUGUGGGUAUAGAGGGAGCAAAUUGACCUGUGGGGGACUGAAAUGUUCCUCACUUUUUUUUCUUUUUUUCAUGACUGCAAUUGUUUAAAUUAACUUUGAUAUUUUGAAUAAUGUCGCAAUGGUAAGGGACGGAUUUUUUUUGAGGAGGCGUGACUAGUCCCAAAGCUUCACUUGUUCACUUUCCAGCUUUACGUCAUUUAGGUUUUACUUAACGUUUCUUCCUGGGUGUAAGACUGUAUAAUUUUUAACCCAAAGCAGAGUUCUACUGUCCUGAUUAGUCUUUCAACCCAGUCUUUAAUUCACUCAGCUCAAUGUGUCAAUAACGACCGACUGUGUCUGAUCCCUAAACAAAUGUUAUGUAGAGAAAUGUGUUCCUGAAUUGGUUUAUUUGAUCCGCGAGCGUAUCUCCCAUUGUUUGCACACUUCCUACUUUGUAAAUCACUGUUUCUGAUGGACAGUAAGCACCUUUAAUUCGAUAGCUUGUGGUUUGAAGCAAACAGUCUGUCGAUCUGUGCAUUUUAACAAUUAAAGUGAUCAAAAUCCA